CAACAUCCAGUACUUUGUUCAGCAGACAGCUAGGCCUGCUCCAUCGUUACUUUUGUUGAGGAUUGGUUAUCCGUGCGGGUCGGGAAAUCGGAUUUCAAUGGUCACAUUUUCGGUGGACCAUUGUGGCAUCAAUUUCGACGGGGAAUGAUUCUUCUCAUUUCACCUCAUCCUCGUCCGCUUUUACUUCUUCGUUCAAGCGGUAUCUACCUUUUGGAGUUUUGAGAAGAUGUGGCAGUCGGUAUUCUAGGGGCUAUAACGAUGCUUUGGCUUAGAGCGGGAUGCUUCAAGUUUCUUUAUUCAGCAACAAGGACGCGAGCGCGAAUGAUGCACAGAAUCCCUUCAGCAAGAGAGCCAACAAACUGAAUCAUUGAUGUGGAAGAUAGAAGUGUUUCUGGAACACUUCUCUGCUUUGCCCUCAGAGUUUGGGCCCCCACCUGGGUCAAAUUCUACCCUGGCCCUGAUCCAUCCACCGAAUGGUACAUGUGGCAGGGCGGACAAAGGCCACAUUUUCUCCUGUGGCAUUCAACGAGCGACAACCAGCCUAUAAAGGGAUUCUGAAAAAAGAGAAAGACCCGCUACCAGUCAUUUCAUUUUCUCCUUAACACCCGAUGCAAGCCUCAGCCUCAGCCGUACAACCUCCUCCUCCUCCAACACAAAAACACAUCCCACGGCCCCCAAACGCAUUCAUACUUUUCCGUGCAGCUACCCAAAGUCAACUCGAGCUUUCGUCCAAACCUCAAGCUCGCCGCUCUGUUGAUAUUGCUGAACUAUGGAGACGCCUGGACGAAGAGGAGAGAAGUAGUUGGUAUCGAAAAGCUGAGAAUGCGAAAAUCGAACAUGCGAAGGCGUAUCCUGGGUGGAAGUAUCAACCAGGGAAGAAAGCCGCUGGAAGCAACAAGCGACCGGGAAAGGGGAAGGGGAAGGGGGAAAAGAUGAAGGGUACGGUGUUGGGGGGAUAUUGCCGAUGCCUUGCGGAUGUCACUCAUGAUCAGAGUCAUGUUAAGCCUCAUGUCGGGGUUGGACCAAGUACGAGACUCGAUGAGAGAUUCAGUGGUGGUACGGGUGGCUCGGAAAUUGGCGUCGGUGUCGGAAUGGAGUCGAGGAGAAACAACCAGUGCCUUUAUUACCACCCUGAACUUGAAGCAACGAAUCCUGGACCAUGGAGUUUCAGUCUUCCUCUUCACUCCAACCCUAGGGAGGCUCAGCUACCUUUCCAGCUCCCAGUCGAGAGGCUGGGCCCGCCACCGAUUCCUAACUCUACCCCUGAUUUCGAUUUCUAUCAUUCCUUUCAAUCGAAUUACAAUACGGGUUCACAGAGUUCUUCUGCUGCCAACGUUGGGCUGGACACCCAAGCUCAAUUUCAUGCUCAAACGUCAAUAUUAGACCCAUCAGAUGUCGUACUAGGCUUUGGCGUGGCCAAUAGGGACAUGGGUUUAGACUAUGAAGUAUCAUGGGGAACGCUGGACUGGCUAAAGUUUGUUGAUCAGGCUUUGUGGUCCGAUGAGGAGAGGGAUUUUGUGAGAAGGACGUUUCGGCGGCCAGCAGGUUAUGAUUAUGACGCAGAGUCAAAUUAUAUGCAGAUGGACGGUUUGAAUGACUUUCUAUACUUUAAUACGUGUGCUUAA